CUCAAAACCCUAAUCACCCUCUUUUUUCCCUCCUUUUCUCUUCGUCACACACAAACUCCGCAGCGGGUGAUUCGCAACCAGAAAAACGGAAGCCUUCUCGGAGUGGAUGUUUGCUUGCGGGAUUUUAUACUUUUCCUUUUUCUAAUAAUUCAUUGUUGGUCACUUCAAGAAGUAAUUUCCGUGUUUUUGCGGAAUUGAAAGCUAUAGAAAUGGAGCAGAGGUUGUCUAAUACGUGGCGGAUGACAGUGAAUGAGAAGAAGUUCAUCGAGACAGCGCUGCUUUCUGACCUUAGAAUCGAUGGACGUGGGCCUUUUGAUUACCGGAACGUGACAAUCCAGUUUGGUAGUGAAGAUGGCUCAUCUGAGGUGCAGCUGGGACAGACUCGGGUAAUGGGGUUCGCAACUUCCCAACUGGCGCAACCUUAUCGCGACCGCCCUAAUGAGGGAACACUUGCAAUAUUCACCGAGUUCUCUCCAAUGGCCGAUCCUUCAUUUGAAGCUGGUCGUCCCGGGGAAUUUGCUGUGGAGUUGGGACGCAUAAUUGAUCGUGGGUUGAGGGAGAGCAGGGCUGUGGACACAGAAUCACUUUGUGUUGUUGCGGGGAAAUGGGUGUGGUCUAUUCGUCUUGAUCUCCACAUUCUAGACAAUGGCGGAAAUCUUGUUGAUGCGGCCAAUAUUGCUGCUUUGGCUGCUCUCUUGACAUGCAGAAGGCCAGAGUGUACAUUGGGGGGCGAAGAUGGUCAGGAAGUUAUAAUACAUCCACCUGAAGUGAGGGAACCACUUCCAUUGAUUGUGCACCACCUCCCUAUAGCAGUGACCUUUGGAUUUAUUGGUAAUGAGAGUACAGUGGUUAUUGACCCAUCACACUUUGAAGAAGCUGUUAUGGGCGGAAAGCUGACUGCUACCCUUAAUACCAAUGGCGAUGUCUGUGCUAUUCAAAAAGCUGGAGGGCAAGGUGUAAUACAGACUGUUAUUAUGCAAUGCUUGCGUAUUGCAUCCGUGAAGGCUGCUGAUAUAACAGGCAAAAUAAAGAAAGCUGUUGAAUUGUACAACACUGGAAGAGCUUUGAGAAAGAUCAAACGGCACCCUGGUUCUGUUGAUGUGAGCGAAGCUGCUUCAAGGGGAGUUUAUAAUAUAUCAACGGAAAUGGAGAAACCUAAACUGAAAAAGGAAGAUGAAAGUAUCAAGCAAACUGAUGACAUGGAGAUUGAAGCCCCGCCAUCUAAUAAAGAGGGAAGCAGCUUGGGAGAUAACAAACCUAAAUCUUUCAUCGGCGGACCAUCUACUUGGGAUCCAUAUUCAAAGGGUGUUGAUGCUGAUGAAUUGAAGGCGUCUCUGGCUUCACGAGCGUUAGCAACCCCCAACAAAAAGAUGGAUGCAUUACCACCUGUAAAGCCUCAGUUUGGUGUAAUGGAUCAAUCCCUUCGAGAUGCAGAUCCAGCACCUUUACCACAAGAGACUGUUGGAGCUGGAGCUGGAGAACAGACCAACAAGGCCAAGACGUUAAAGGAUGCUGUGAAGCCUAAACACAAGAGGAAAAAGAAGAAUUCCUCAAAUACUGAUGGAAGUUAAAAUUUCAGCCGUUGACCUCUGUGCAAGAGUGUGCACGGCUUAGAAAGACAAGGUUGUCUUGCUGCUGAAUGUUAGCUCAGAUGCAGUCUGGAAGUGCGAUAGUUCUGUGAUAUGGAAGCAACACCUCGUCUGAUAUCUUGUCAAUUUGAUGGAUUUUUCAUUGUCUCUGUGACCAUCUACCAGACGGGAAUGAAGUUUGGUUUUUAUGGAAUUCCUGCUUGCAGACGAAGUUUCAUGCCAUCAAGAAUGCAGGUUGAUUGAGCUAAAGCUUUCAUCUCCCAGGCUGCAGUUGAAAACUGAAAUUUCACGAGGAAAACAUGUAGAAGAAUUGGCAGACAUGGUAGCGAACAUUUCUGUUGACCACCUCAGUAAACUCUAUUUGAUUGGCAAUAUAUCAGAUGGUGACUUAGUUCACUGUUAUGCAGAUACAGAAUGUGAAGCUUGAGUGUAUAGCCGAUGUAAAAUUGUGAAACCAGUAAACGCUACAUUUCCGAUGUGUUACUUUGUGGUCUAUUUCAAGCCACUUAACUGGUGGGCUUGUGGGGAAAACUAUUGAUUUGAGACAAAUACCCAACAAUGGGAAUUAAAAGCC